AUGAGGGGCCCCCCAGUACCCUGUGGGGCCCUUUCUCUUCUGCUGCAGCAGCUCGCUGCGGCUGCUGGGGGGCCCCCUAGGGGGCCCCCCAUCGCGUGCCUUGCUGCAGCGGCGACCUCGCAGCAGCAGCAGCAGCAGCAGCGGCAGCUGCAGCAGCAGCAGCAGGCGGGGCUCGCAGCGGGUCUCGGCUGCUUGACUAGGGGUCCUUUUGCUGCUGCAGCAGCAGCAAGCAGGAGCCUUACGCAGCCUGCUGCAGCAGCAGCAGCUGCUGCUGCUACAACAGCAGCAGCAGCAGCAGCGCCGAGGGCAGCAGCAGCAGAAGCAGCCUAUGCCAGUAGCGGCAUCUGCAGCAGCAGCAGCAGCAGCAGUAGCUGCAGCAGCGCCGACAGCAGCAGCAGGAGCAGCAUUGAGGGUUUACAGCAGCAGCUGCUGCUGCUUGAUCUGCGCGGGACUUCCCGCUUGCUGCGAAGCGUUGCAGCAGCAUUUGCUGCUGCUGCUGCUGCUGCUGCUCCCGCAGCAGCAGCACCACCACAAAGGGCUGGGAGCCCCUGUCUUUGUGCUGCUGCAGCAGCUGCUGCAGUGCCGCUGCUGCCGCAGGGAGCAGCAGCAGCAGCAGCAGCUGUUGAGGCAGCAGCAGCAGCAGCAACAGAAGCCCUGGAGUCAGCAGCAGCGACGGCAAGUUGCUGCUGCUGCUCGCGGUCUGCUGCUGCUGCUUGUCUGUUUGUGCAGCUAAGGAAGCGCUGGCAGCAGCAGCAGCAGCAGCAGCAACUGCAGCAGCAGCUGCUGCAGGAGGGGGGGCCCAGGUCUGCUGCUCUUGCAUGCAACGCGCUGGCCAGAAUAACACAGACUGCAGCAUCACAAGAUGCUGCUGCUGCUGCUGCUGCUGCUGCUGCUGCUGCUGCUGCUGCUGCAGGCGCCCGACUCCGUAACGGCAACUCCCGCAGCAGCAGCAGCAGCAGCAGCAGCAGCAGCAGCAAUUAUGCUGCUGCUGCUAUGCGCACCUCACUUGCAGAAUGCAUUGUAACUCUCCUAGGAGAGGGGGGCCCCCCAGGGGACCCUCUUUCUCUUGGGGGGCCCCCAGGGGGGCCCCCAGGGGGGCCCCCAGGGGGGCCCCCAGGGAGGCCCCCAGGGGGGCCCCUAGAGGGGCCCCCAGGGGGGCCCCUAGGGGGGCCCCUAGGGGGGCCCCUAGGGGGGCCCCCAGGGGGGCCCCCAGGGGCCUCCCGUUUGUUACUUCUGCGGCGAAUGAAUGAGCAGGAUAUAUCUCUUAUUGCAAAUGCUGCUGCUGCUGCUGCUGACUGUCCUUUUGCUGCUGCUGCUGCUGCUGCUGCUGAGCGCCUCCGGCCGCUGCUGGCCAGCCUGGUGCAAGUUUGCUGCAGCAGCAGCAGCAACAGCAGCAGCAGCAGCAACAGCAGCAGCAGCAGCAACAGCAGCUCCGGCCCUGAGGCACAGCAGCAGCAGCAGCAGCAGCAGCAGCAGCCCCUGCUGCUGCUGUACUACAUGAGGCCUCAGGGAUUGAGUUUGCUGCUUGCUGCGCUGCAGCGGCUGCAGCAGCCGCUGCGGUGUAUAGACACCUCGCUGCUGGCAAACCGGGCCUUGCAAAUGCUGCAGGCAACAGAAGCCUGCGGUCUUGCUGCUGCUGCUCGUGCUGCCCCUGCUGCUGCUGCUGCUGCUGCUGCUGCACCUGGAGAUGCUGCAGACUUGAGACAGCGCAGCAGCAGCAGCAGCAGCAGCAGCAGCAGAGAAAGGGACCGCUGCACUGCGCAGCAGUUGACGCUGCUGCUGCACACCCUGCAGCAGCUGCCGGGGGUGCCUCGGCCGCUAGCAGCAGCAGCAGCAGCAGCAGCAGCAGCAGUGCUGCAGCGCCAGGCAGCAGCUUUCAGCCCCCAAGGCCUGCUGCUGUGUCUCCGUGCGCUUUCCAAGGGGCGGCGCAUAGAUCCCCACACCCUUGAGGCCCUUCCACGGCACUUGGUGCAAUGCUGCUUUUCUGCUGCUGCUGGAGCCUCAGCUGCUGCAGCAUGGCAUGCUGCGCUGCUGAUGCACGCGCUGCAGCAGCUGCCACUGGUCCCGCAGCAGCAGCAGCAGCAGCAGCAGCAGCGGGAAGUCUCUCGUAUGAUGUCUUCUGGGGACUGCGUCAUGGACCUGCUGCAGCCUUUGCUGCAGCUGCAGCAGCAGCAGGAGCAGCAGAACUUGUUUGCUGCUGCUGCACGCUCCCCGGAAGCAGAAGCUGUGAAGGAGCAGCUGCUGCAGCAGCUGCUGCAGCAACAGCUGCCAGCUGCUGCGCUGCUGCAGCUGCAUGCUGUUCUGCUGCACUUGGCUCUCGAGCUGCCAGGGGGCCUUCAGGUGCUGCCGCUGCUGCUGCUGCGUGCUGCUGCAGCGCUGCUGCAGCUGGCUGAGGCGGCGCAGCAGCGGCUGCUGCAGCAGCAGCAGCAAGCAGAUGCUGCUGAUGCCGCCGAUGCAGCAGAAAAUGAAGUGUUGCUGCUGGAAGACAUGCAACAGCAGCAGCAGCAACAGCAGCAGCAGCAACAGCAGCAGCAGCAAAACCGCUUUGACGUCUCCUCGAGCUCUCUGCUGCACAGAUCUGUCCUUCGCUGCGUCUACGAUUUGCACCAGCAGCAGAAGCUGCUGCAGCAGCAGCAGCAGCAGCAGCAACUGCAGCAGCAGCAGCAGGGAUGGCUUGUAGCGUCAGAGACACCUGCAGGCCCUUAUGUGCUGGACAUUUUGCUGCAGCCAGUGUCUGGGAUCAGCCGAUUCCAAGCAGUAUAG